GCUUUUGUGAAAAGUUAAAAGUGUUAAUAUGAAGUAAUUGAUUUAGUUUAUAAUGUGCAGUGCUUAAAUGUUAAGUUUUAAAGUAUUAAGAAGUAAAUUGUCUGAUAUAAGGUAUUAAUGAUUACAAGUAGUUUGUGAAUGUAGUAAGCCAAAGUACAUGUAACAAGCGGUUUUAGAACGGAUUGUUUAAAGUGCAAAUGAAAGAAAAGAGGAAAUCAAAGCGCAAAUCAAUUAAUCAAAACAAAUAUAGCCCAAAUGCGGUACGAAUACAGCUAAAUGUGAUAUUAGACUGACAUAAUACACGAUCACUUCAAAAUGGACACGUUGCUGAUACAACAGAUUUUAUUUAUAAAUUUGGCGCUUUUCGGAUAUGUGCACCCGACAGUUAUACCCACCAAUCUGGAAUGUGAUUUUAAUAGAGAAGUUUGCGAUCCCUCCAAUUGCCUGCUGCAGCAGGGACGUGGAAAAUUUAAAUACCUAACUGCAGUCUGUAACUUCAUAAAGCCAGUGAAAGCUUUAAUGAUAGAUAUUGAGUUAUUGCGCCGCAACAAAUUGGGUAAUUACGAAAACCUGAAUAUGCGAACAUCCGUAGAUGUUUGUAAGUGGGAAAUGGUUAAUGGUGGCAAUGUCGCUAUUAAUAAUAUCAUGGCAAUGAGCUUGCGCAGAUUAAGCAGCAUAAAGUGUCCACUACGGGGUAACAUGAAUGUAACGCGUAUGCCAUUAUGGCUUUUCAUAGCGGAAGGUUUUCUUCCUGAAGCCGGAUAUAAAAUGUUCGUUAGAACACACAACGGUGCUAUGCCAGUAUUACAUUUGAAUCUUUCCUUUAGUGUCGCUUAGGCGAAAAAUUGAAAAUGUAAAUGAAAAACAGUUAAUGUACCCCCUUAAAUAAGGUGAUUCAUUUAAAUA